CGUGUGCACGCCACUGGUGAUGACUACAGUGGAAAAUAUUUUUAAUAAUGUUGAACCUUCGACCGACGCAAUUUCCAAGGCAGCCGCAGUUUGUGAUGAAAAUUGCGUGAAAAACGACGGCCGGUGGACAUUUUGAUUUUGAAUAGUGGAGUUUUUACUUCAGAAUUAAAAAAUGGUGAUGGUGCAUUUACAAAGAUUUUAAUGAGGAAUGGAAAAGAGAACAAUCAGCAGAGUAAUUGUGUUUCAAAUAGCCGUCUCUGUCAUCUGCGCAGUUUUGGGAAUUGUAAUUGGUAUGGCCAUCGAAAUAGACGAGGAAAAAUUGCCUGUGGAAGAUCAACCAACAACAUUUUUGAUAGAAGACAAAAAUACUGAAGAAAUUGAAGAAAUCACUCCAUCAAUCCUUACCAGCAAAACAGAUGCAAUUCCAGAUGAAACGUUUUCAGAAACCUCGUCAUCUGGCACAUUAAGUUCUGAAGUUCCUUUGACGGAGGACUCUGUAGUAAAGGAAGUAAUAAAUACUCAAGAUGAAUAUGAGCAAAUUACGGAGCCAACGACAGAAUUUCGCACAUUAUUGGAAGAAACGAUUUCCGAAAUUGUUUCCGAAAUGACCGAAGAAGCUCCUUUGGAAAGUACAGAGACUGCCAAACAAGUCGAAACUACUAUUGCUGAUUUUGAAAAAAUAAGUCUCGAUCCAAAUCUGACCGUUCAAGACAAUAAAACAAAUGAGGAAAUUUCUUCAGAAAGUUUCUCGGGAUUGACUGAAAAGCCUCCUGUAAAUGCAAAAAUCAUGAUCGAAGGUGACACAAAUUCAGAGCAAACAUUAAAAAUGACACCGUCGCCACCAGAGGAUGAAACUUCUUAUCCGAGUUCAUCCUUGACGACGGAAACUUUUUCAACCUCAGAAGUGGAAUCAUCGGAAGCAGACGACGUUGCAUCAAUUAGCGGCGUCUCCGCAGACGACGGAGAGAGUGAUAAGAUAAUUAACGGCGAGCCCGCUGAGGAAGGAACGUUCACAUCUGUGGUUUCGCUGCAGCACGUCAACAAUUCCCAGCCCUUCUGCGGCGGCACCAUCCUCAACCGAGACUUCGUUCUCACCGCCGCUCACUGCAUUUUUUCAAAAAAUGGAAACGAUCCGAUUGACUUCAAAAUCGUCUCGUCCAACAUCGACCUGACAAGAGAGACUCGCACGUAUUGGCCGGUGACAAUUAUUAUUCACGCCCAGUACAACAAAUCCAUCUUUCUUGGCUACGACAUUGCUCUGAUCAGGAUUGAGCCCCAGUUUGUUUUGGGUAACGGUGAAAUGGCCAUUUUUCUCCCUCGCCAAGACGAAAUCAUCCCCGCUGGUACGCAAGCGACUGUGGUUGGUUGGGGUCGCACAGAUCAGCGGUACAUGUCGGACAAAGUGCUCCGCGUGCUGGACGAGUCGGUGAUUGACAACAUCGAGUGCGCCGAGAGACUCGACUUCAAGCCGUCCAUCUACGACUUCCACUUGUGUGCCCAACCCAAACCGCAAACUGGAUUCUGCAGAGGAGAUUCAGGAGGUCCAGUGUUUGUGGGCAACACACAAAUAGGGGUGGUUUCGUGGUACAAAGGCAACUGUUCCAAUGAAGAACCCCUUCCCAACGUGUUCACCAGGGUUGCCUACUUUACUGACUGGAUACAUCAGAAAAUUGACGAGGAGGUGAAAAUUUUGCGGAGGAGGUGAAAUAUUUAGACUUUUCUUAACAAAAGAAAUGUGAAUUUUAGAGGAAUAAUAUUUAAUUCUGUGUUUUGUGUGCUUCUUCUUUGGAAAGCAAUUUUAUGAGGAGCAAAAUAAUAAUAAAACUAA